ACUUUCGGUAGCUAUCAAGGGAGAAAUCGUCGAAUUCUGAGACUGCGGAGGCUCAUGUGUAACAUCAAACCUCCUGAAAUCGUAGCCAUAGACAAUCUAAAAAAUGAAUAGCCUGAGUCCUGACUGUACAGAAUUAAAACAUGCAUAUGAUGCAUGCUUCAACAAUUGGUUCAGUGAAAAGUUCCUGAAAGGAGACUCAAAAGAUGCAUGUGGGGAUCUUUUCAGGAAAUAUCAGGAGUGUGUCAAGAAUGCCAUUGUAGAGAAGGGGAUUGAUAUAGACGAGGUAGAGAAGGUUGUAAUAGGAACAGAAUCAGAGAAACAGCCCCCUCCACACUGAUGUAUUACCGAUGGUAAGCUAAUCUUAGCAGUAGUUGAUGAACUUUUACCUCACUUCAAUUGAGAAAAGAUGGAUUAAUUGAAAAUCAUGCAGCCUGAUGGUCAUCCUUCCAUGAAAUCCAAGACAUUUUAUAUCAUCUCUCUUUUUUUUUUUUUUUUUACAAAUGAUGGAUGAUGCUUAAUAUAUGCUUUAUAUAUUGUUAGCAUAAAUUUCACGAACAUGUAUGUGGUAUUCAUGGGUGAAAAAUUUUAAACCAGUAAAGUGAUGAUUACAGAGAUUAUAACUAAUAAUGAUGGUGAUGUUAAUGGCAGUGAUGAUGAUGAAGAUGUUGUUGGCAGUGAUCGUGAUGAUAAAUUAACUUCAGUGUUGGAGCUAAUUAUGAUGUUGAUCAUAUAGACGUCUGAUAUAAAAUUGUGAUUACUAUGGUGGAUGAUGAUGAGAAAGGAUUUGUAGAAUAAACCUGGAAGAAAUGUCUUUCUUGAAAUAUUAAACUUCAGUAUGUGUAAUCCCUGUGCUGUUAGUUUACACAUAAAUGCAUUGUUUAAAGGAAAAAGAAAAUACUAAUAAAUGAGUAGUUCAUAAAUAAAAACAAAUUUUAUCUAGCCACAGAGUAUAUAUAUACUCUGUGGCUAGAUAAAGAUUACAUACCCUCAAAUCGUUGUUAAUUUUGCUUUAUACAUGAUUUUUGUAUUAUCAUACCUUUUCAUAAUUUGUUUUAAUUUGUUUUAACAUCUCAUAAUGUUUGUUAGGAUACUUGUACCCUUUUCUCAAUGUUAAUGGCUAUUUUCCUGUUCACAUGGGCCAGAAUCUUAGCCUUUAACCUUUCUAAGGAAAUACUUGCGUUCUCACUGUACAAAAUUCUGUAACCCUGGACUAGUGGUAGGUUACAUGUAUUCAUGAGUGCUUACCUCUGAUUGGAGAAUAGGGCUAGCUCCAUUGUGCCUUUGGCAUGCAUGGGGUAUCAUCCUUAGUGGCUUGGUUUCUGAUGAUAAUUCUUAACUACAGACGUCCAUGCUAAUCAUCACAAUUGCUAGAGUGUUGGGGGUGAUUCAAAAGAUUUAAGUAUGACUAAGAGUUUCACUGAAAUGCCUAGUUGCGUGCUUGGCUUGGUUUCUGAUGAUAACUCUUAACUACAGACUUCCAUGCUAAUCAUCACAAUUGCUAGAGUGUUGGGGGUGUUUCAAAAGAUUUAAGUAUGACUAAGAGUUUCACUGAAAUGCCUAGUUGCGUGCGGCAUAAGACAUUACCGCAUUGGUCAGAUCAUGCGAAGAGGCUGCGCACUACUGCGUAUUAAUCAAUAAGAUUGUGUGUUGCCGUGUUGCGUACCAUUUAUGCAUCAACAUUUAAGUGCGACACUAAGUAGUACUUAAAUCUUUGUGAACCCCCCCCCCCCGUACUAUUGAUGGGGUUAGCGGUUAGCCUACUAUGUUAAAAGGUCAUAAGGGAAGAAAGUUGACUAAACUUAAUCCUGGACUGUAGAUGGAGCUACAUGUAACUUGAUCAUUUAGAAAAGGGUACAGUAUUGAUCGUUAGAAAAGGGUACAGUAUUGGUCUUGGAUAUGCAGCUCAUAUAGGUUGAAUAAUUCUUUGUGCCAUAUCAUGAUUCUGAGGUGCUCUGAAUCCAAUCAAUUUCUUAAAAGUCAAGUCCACACUCUCCCCCCCUAAAAAAAAAAAAAUUAUAAUAGAGAAAAUUCAAACGAGCAUGACAAUGUAUAUUUCUGCCAUUUCAAAGUUUACCCUCAUUUCACAAAGAGUUUAUAUGUGCACAACACAGCUGAUAUGCAGAUGUGAAAACCAAUUUUAUGCUGAUAUACACACUCACUUCUUUUUUUGUAUAUUGUAAUAUGAUAUGUGAAAUAUUCAACUUUUACUCCAAUAAUGUAAAACUUGUAUUGAUUUCUUAUAAUCUAAUGUUAUUUUUAUAGGAAUUGAUUUUCUCUAACAAAGAUUCAGUACAAAUCUUUGUUUUUAUAUAUUUUAGAUAAAUUGAAUAUGACCGUUCUUGUAAUGCAAGUGACACUUAAACAUGCCAUAACUUUUUAAUUUAUUUUAACAUCAAAUUUUCAGUGCAGUGCCUGCCUGAUUUUACUCUUAUUUGUUCAAAUUAAUUUGAACUUCUGAAAUUAACUUCUUCUUGUGGUGUAUUUAACAAUAGAUUUUUGACAAAUGAAUGCAAGUAUUAUAUUUUAUAUUUGCUUUACAAGUCUAGUUACAUUGGAUAAAUAUUGCUUUGUCUUAAGCUUGUUUUAUGAUAACUUAUCUUGAAAUGCCACAUACAUGUACAUGUAUCAGGGAUUAUUUUAUUUGUAGGUAUGUUUAUAUAUAUUUGAUAUUUCUUGAUUGAUUUUCAAAUGAUACAAUAAUACUUUUACUACAGUCUUGUAGAAGUGUUUUUUUUUUUAGAUCUUGAAAGCACAUGUUGAUAAUUACUAAUAAUUUGUUUGAACCACAAUCAUUUGCGACAGUUCAAGACUGCCUGAACCUAUUGAAUAUUUCAGUGAUUUUGGAAUACAUUGAUUUGCUAUGAAAAGUAAUUGAUUUAAAAAAAAAAAAUAAUAAUAUAUGUAUUGGUUUACUUAAAACCGCUUAAGAUCAGUUGGGAAACAAAGAUGUGUAAAUAUUGACUUGUUGAGUAAUUAAUUAUUGUUUUCAGUACGUCUGGAAAUUUUUUUUCAGCCCUGAAGCAGAAGGAACAGUUUAAAGUGCAUUUUCAGUCUUCAAUACAAAAAAAAGAACAGUGAUAACAUCUUGUGGCACAAAAGAAUAACGAUGUUCCUUUUUAUAUUGGAGAUAAUUCAUGAGUUGUUACUUUUUUAUAAAUACAUUGUUUCUGAAAGUGGUACUCCGGGCCGAAAAUGAUAUGAAUUAGAGUAAAGAAGAAAACAUUGAAUACAGAAGUUAUUGAAUUUUACAGUUUGCAAAUGCAGUAGAGCAAGCUGAUGAUCAUGUCUACACUUUACCUUUUCUUACUCAUUACGUGUAUUGCAAGUAUUUAAUCAAAUCAAAUGACUUGUGCAGGAUGAUUAUUGAAUAUCGCAAGAGACAUUAAAGGAAUACUAGCACUGUAUGCUUCCAAGUCACAGUCAAAACCAUUUUAGGUACAUGUAAAUAAACUCGUAGGUUUCAUUAUAAAAAACAUGCUUUCCUCCUGAUUUUGAACAAUUAAGUCAUCUCAAUCUCAAUUUGUUUUCAUACUCCAUGAAAGUGCAUCAAAUACCAGUCAUUAUAUUAGUAAUAUCAGAUCAUCAUCAAAGCUCGGGUCAAAACUUUGAUGAAAGUACUAGUACGUAUUUUGUCGUAGGUCCAUUUAAUGGACACAUCCACACAUUUUCUUAUUCAUUGAAGCUUAUAUAAGAAAGUGCAUCUGUCAAAUCUUAUGUUGCAUGUGUAUAUUCAAAAUUUAAUAAUAUUUAAAAAUAAGAUAAUUUCAGGGUACGGCUAUUUUGCUGUAUGGCAUAUAUUGCACAAAAUUAAAGAGGGCAUCAAAAUUUACAAUGACAAUAAUAGGGGCAAUGAGUAUAACCAACAAGAGCAUCCACAACAUUGCCCCUUCAUGACCUUGCAUUAUCAAAUUGUGUAUCAAAGAAUAAAUGGGAGAAAAAAGAAAGAAAAGGUUUAUGUUAAUAAGUUAAUGUUCCUGCUUAAUUGAAUUGUGUAUAAUAAUGUAGACAAGACUGUCAUAGACGUUCCACUUGUGAGAGUAUGCUUCUCAUGCUUCAUGCAUAUUGUAUGAUGUGUUGUGCUCUUUUGAUCAAAUACAGUAAUGAAAACCACACCGUCGACUCUUUUAACGAAUUGGUAAAAUCAACAUUGUAAUGAUUUUGUCCAUUGCAUCGCUGUUAAAUGUACUGCAAUGUUGGCAUAUACAUAGUAUAAAAUAAAAUUGUCUAUGCAAUAUGAGGAAUAAAUUUUAUACAAAGAUUAAA